AUGUCCUGCAAUUAUUUUAAAAUAUCUUUGUUUUCUAUUUUACUAUGUAUUUUAAUAAUCACACAUAAGUUCUCUCUUAAACACAUAUCUCAUAAUAAAACAAACACAGUUGAUAUUAAAAAUGCAGUAUAUAAGAGAUUACUAACCGAAUCACACCAAACAGAUAUAUUAAAAACCCAUUCAGACGGAAAUUUACUAACACAUCCAAUAAAUAACACAUCACAUGAAAAUGCUACAGAAUAUCAUGAAACAUCACCUGAUUGCUCAUUAAGUGAUGAAUUCCUGCAAAACUCUUUUAAUCAAACAGAGAAAAAAGAAUGGAAAAAUGAAAAAAAUAAUAAAUCAUUGCUUCAGAAAUCCCAUAAAAAAAAAAAUUGCAAAAACAUUAAAAUAAUUUUUUUAAUUACUUUAUUUUUCAUUUUCUUGGGGUAG